AUGAUCGCGACAUUGCUAUUGGUGGGUUUCAUCGGGCUGGUGAUCUAUAGACUCCUGGCUGAGGAGGAGAAUCCUCUGGACAAUUUGCCUGGACCGCCACGGAAGCCGAUCGUAGGAUGUGUCUUCGAAUUCCUGAAUCUUACUCCACGUGUGAUGUUCAAGAAAAUGCGUCUGUACAGCGAGGUGUAUGGAGGCCGCUACAUAGUUAAAAUAUUACGAAGAAGGAUUCUACAUCUUCACAAUGUUAAUGAUGUUGAGAUCGUGUUGUCUCACCCGAGGAACAUAAAGAAGAGUAAGCCAUACAGCUUCUUGGAAGGCUGGCUUGGCACUGGACUGUUACUCAGUUCUGGUGCAAAAUGGCACAGACGUCGCAAGAUCCUGACUCCAACUUUCCACUUCAACAUUCUGAAGAACUUCACCAACGUGAUGGAGGAGAGGAGUCGAGGACUGGUAGACAAGCUGAAGGAGUACGACGGCAAGGAAGUUAACCUCAUGCCGGUCAUCAGUGAUUGUACCCUGUAUACUAUUUGUGAAACUGCAAUGGGUACUCAAUUAGACUCUGAUUCUUCUACAAAGACCCAAGAAUAUAAGACAGCUAUCCUGCAAAUUGGGGGGCUACUCAUGGGUCGUCUCACAAGAGUAUGGCUGCACAAUGAGUAUAUCUUCCGAAAAUUCCCAAUGGGUAAGCAGUUCGAGAAAUGUCUAGAGAAAGUUCAUUCUUUUGCUGAUAACGUAAUAAUGGAGAGGAAGAAGAAUUGGAAACCUGGACAGAGUAAUGCGGGAGAAGAUGAUAUAGGUGGAAAAAAGAGGUUGGCCAUGUUGGACGUACUGUUAGAAGCUGAGAGGAAAGGAGAAAUUGAUUUAGAGGGAAUAAGAGAAGAAGUUAAUACGUUUAUGUUUGAGGGACACGACACUACAGCAAUGGCUCUCGUUUUUGGACUUAUGUUGCUAGCAGACCAUCCAGAAGUACAGGAACGUAUUUACGAAGAAUGUCAGACGAUCCUGGGUGAUUCAGACACAACUCCAACGAUGUCUGAUCUGGCUGAAAUGAAGUAUCUGGAGGCAGUUAUUAAAGAAAUCUUAAGACUGUAUCCGAGUGUGCCGUUCAUUGCCCGGGAGGUGACUGAAGACUUUAUGUUGGGAGAUGUCCUGGUAAAGAAAGGUACAGAAGUAUCAAUCCACAUAUACGACCUGCAUCGUCUGCCAGAAUUGUAUCCAGACCCGGAGGCUUUCAAGCCAGAACGAUUCCUCAAUCAACACCCGACACAUCCCUAUGCCUUUGUGCCUUUUAGUGCUGGACCUCGGAAUUGUAUAGGUCAAAGAUUCGCGUUGUUGGAAAUGAAAUGCAUGCUGAGUGGAGUUUGUCGUAAGUUCAAGCUGUCACCCAUUGUCCCGGGAGAAAGGCCAAAACUCCUCGCCGAUAUGGUGCUGAGACCAGUCGGACCUGUCUGCGUCAAGAUGCAUCAAAGAUAG